AUGACUUUAUUACGCUUCAUUGAAGGGGGCUGGCGGGUCUGGCGGGUCUCUCCAUUUAUCGCCGCCCAUCCCGCACUUGGACUCGUUGGACUUCUGUCGCUAUUGGGCAUUUCCUACACUAUCGGAUUGAUCAUUUACAACCUGUACUUGCACCCUCUAGCCUCCAUCCCAGGGCCCAAAGCAAAUGCAGCCACGGCAUUGCCAUUCUUCCGAUCGGUGUUGGGUGGCACCCUGCCAAUGGACGCACGGAAACUACAUGAUAAAUAUGGCGAUGCAGUCCGGAUCGCUCCUAACGAAGUUACAUUCAUACACCCGGACGCCGCAAAGGACAUAUUAUCCAUCCGCCCUGGCAAGCCACAGCGCCCUAAAGACCCACGCCCUCUCUCCAUCGGGGCGAACCACAUUCCCAGUAUCCUACGCACUGACGACCAGACUCAUGCCCGCUACCGACGAUCACUGGCUCACGGGUUCUCGGAAGGCAGUCUCCAGCGACAAGAAGCGAUUGUGAAGGGCUACGUAGAUUUGCUAGUGAAACGUCUGCGCGGGAUCGCCGAGUCCGACAGCGCAACGGUCGACAUGACCCGCUGGUACAAUUAUACCACAUUCGAUAUCAUUGGUGACCUCGCCCUUGGAGAAUCGUUCGGUUGUCUCGAGAACUCUCGGUACCAUUUCUGGGUGUCGGUUAUUUUCAGCCAUUUUCGCACAGCUGCUUGGGCUAAUGUCCUGCGACGUGUGCCUUUCGGGGUAACUCUCAUGAAGUGGAUUAUUCCCAAGAAAGUUCUAGAGGAUAAGGCUACGCAGAGUCAGAUGACGAAGGAGAAAGUAAACGCGCGUGUGGCUAAUGGAGAUAACGGUCGUCCGGAUUUCCUCAGCAAUGUCCUCAAACAGCCGGUCGAGAAGGGAAUGACUGAAGAUGAACUUGUCAGCAACUCUUAUGUCCUCAUCAUUGCUGGCUCCGAGACUACUGCUACUUUGCUGUCUGGUGUGACGUACUAUAUUCUCACCGUUCCGGGUGUUCUUGACAAACUCAAGGCCGAGAUUAGGGGUGCGUUCAGUUCCGAGGAACAGAUUACUUGGUCUGCUGUGAAUCAGCUGAAGUAUACUCUUGCUGUAUUAAACGAGACCCUGCGAAUGUACCCUCCCCUUCCGUACGGGUUUCCCCGAAUCGUCGAAGGCGAGGGCGAUUGGAUCUGCGGGCGAUGGGUCCCUGGUGGAACUUCCGUCGGAAUACCGAUUCUGGCAGCCCACAUGUCUUCGAAGUACUUCAAGAACCCCGAGUCUUUCAUUCCGGAGAGGUUUAUCGGCGAUGCCGAGUACGAGUCCGAUGAUCGAAACGCAUUGCAAGCUUUCAGCGCGGGACCCCGCAACUGUCUUGGUCGCAAUCUGGCGUACGCUGAGAUGCGGUUGAUCUUGGCUCGGAUGGUUUGGAAUUUUGAUAUGGAGCUCUCUGAUGAUUCGAAGGAAUGGAGAAAGCAGCCAUCAUUUGUGGUUUGGGAUAAAGGAAGUUUGAAUGUGACGCUGACUCCGGCACCGCAUACCAUCGGGGCUUAUAUGUGA